UCUAAAAGCGAUCCAAAAGUGGCGCUAACUCUCAUUUUCCGUUUUUUUGUUUUGCCGCUUAUUUAUUUACUUGUUGCUCAGUCAACUGAACUGUUGAAGCUUACGUGACUGAGAAAACCUACUUACCUGCGUUGUGUGCCGCCGCCGCCGCCGCCGCCGUGCUUUUCUUUUUUAUUUUUCUUUCGUUUUCUCCGCAACCAAACAGUGUUGGGAUUGGAACAAUGCACGGAAGGUAUGGCGAGAGAUCGAGUGGCGCGGGGAGAGAGAAGCGAGGUUUGGAUUCGGCUUCGGCCGAAGAAGGUCAACCUGAUCGGAAACGACCUGCUUUGGCUAGUGUAAUUGUUGAAGCCCUGAAGGUUGACAGUCUGCAGAAACUUUGCUCAUCACUGGAGCCUAUUCUACGCAGAGUUGUUAGUGAAGAAGUCGAGCGUGCUUUGGCAAAACUAUGCCCCUCCAAGAUUGCUGGCAGGUCUUCCCCAAAGCGAAUAGAAGGCCCUGAUGGCACAAAUUUACAAUUGCAGUUCAAGACCAGGCUGUCCCUUCCCCUCUUUACAGGUGGAAAGGUGGAGGGAGAGCAAGGUUCAACAAUUCAUAUUGUUUUGAUUGAUGCAAACACUGGCAAUAUUGUCACAUCAGGGCCAGAGUCAUGUGUCAGGCUAGAUGUUAUUGUACUGGAGGGAGAUUUCAAUAACGAGGAUGAUGAUAAUUGGACUGAAGAAGAAUUUGAUAGUCAUAUUGUGAAGGAGCGGGAAGGAAAAAGGCCUCUUCUAACUGGUGAUCUGCAAAUCACACUGAAGGAAGGUGUAGGAACACUGGGUGAGCUUACGUUUACGGACAACUCUAGCUGGAUAAGGAGUAGGAAGUUCAGGUUGGGCCUCAAAGUUGCCUUGGGUUGUUGUGAGGGAAUGCGUAUCCGUGAAGCCAAAUCAGAACCUUUCACCGUUAAGGAUCAUCGCGGAGAAUUAUACAAGAAGCACUACCCUCCUGCCUUGAAUGACGAGGUCUGGAGACUGGAGAAAAUUGGCAAGGAUGGGUCAUUUCACAAAAGGCUAAAUAAAGCUGGAGUAUAUACUGUUGAAGACUUCUUAAGACUUGUGGUCAGAGACCCUCAGAGACUGCGGAAUAUCCUUGGAAGCGGCAUGUCAAAUAAGAUGUGGGAUAUUCUUGUUGAGCAUGCCAAGACUUGCGUUCUCAGUGGAAAACAUUAUGUGUACUAUCCUGAAGAUGCAAGAAAUGUGGGUGUUGUUUUCAAUAAUAUUUAUGAAUUAAGUGGCUUAAUUGCCAACGAUCAAUUUUACUCAGCUGAAUCUCUCUCUGAGAAUCAAAAGGUUUAUGUAGACACAUUGGUGAAGAAAGCAUAUGAUAAUUGGAUGCAUGUUAUUGAGUAUGAUGGGAAAUCUCUGGUAAAUGACAUUGAGGAUAAGACUUUGGACACCGCUCAUCCUCAGGCACCAAUGAUUUCCCAUGAAUAUUCAAACUCCCUUCAGCAGAUACCCAUCCCAGCUUUGCCACUUCCAGGACAUGCUGGCCAGCCUUCAAUGGAUUCAGGAGUAACAGUUGGAGGUUAUCAUGAUGGAACAACUUCUAGAUUCUCCUUGCAACCACAGAAUCCCAGUCUUAACUCUUCCAUUCAGUUUGAUGAUAACGCAUUUUCUCUUCAAAACCAAUUGAUGAGUGUUCCACACCAUGCCCAACUUCCAAGAAAUGAGAAUGGACUAACUGUUGGUCCUGCACAAUCAUCCACACAUGGGUUUGAGCCUGUCAGCAUUUCAAAUCCUACAUAUAGAGGAGUUGAAGAAUACUUCCCUGAGGAAGAAAUUCGUAUUAGAAGUCACGAGAUGCUAGAAAAUGAAGAUAUGCAGCAUCUACUCCGUAUGUUUAACAUGGGGGGCCAACCAAAUCCUGCCUUUAAUGGCCAUGAAGAUGGGUACCACCCUGGUUCAUCUACAUACAUUUCUGCAAACCCCAUGGGCUAUAAUUUUGAUGAUGAACCAAAUCGGUCCUCAGGCAAAGCUGUUGUAGGCUGGCUCAAGCUGAAGGCAGCAUUAAGAUGGGGGAUUUUUAUUCGGAAGCAAGCUGCUGAGAGACGAGCGCAACUUGUUGAAUUGGACGACCCAUAGAGAUCUUUAAUGAACUGACCGAUAGUUUUUCUGGUUAUAGCAUCCAAGGCUUCUUUGCUGACUUUCCGAAUAGUUCUCAUGCUAAAAUUUCACAGCAUGAGAAAGAAUAUGAAAUCUGGAUUGAACUAUUUGGUGCAGACUUAACUCAAAGAUUCCAAUGUGGCUUGAUAUAUAUAAUAACUGUUGUGCAUAGACCUCUGCCUGUAGAAGAAUAUCACUAUGCAACAUCUCUUCUUUAACUGCUUUCCUUGUGAUGACCCACUUUGUAGAGGCUUGACAGUCUGCUUGUUUUUAAACUGAAGAGUCUGUUGCUGCAAUCUGCUUAAACCCGGAAAGCUCCAAGUGCAAUUUCAAGAAGCUACAAUCUUUACUACAUUUACCGGGCUGUAUUCAAUUCUGUAAGUAAGCUUGCUGGAUAUGUUCAACCUAACUGAAAGUGAAUGCUCUGUGGCAUUAUAAUUAUAAUUAAUUCCAUCUGCAAUGUGCUUCGAAUACCUCUGUACUUUAUGAUUGUUUCGGCAUCUGUAUAACUUUGCAUAUUGACGUGACGUAGUUCAUAACGGUAUCAUAACUUCUUUGUGAAGAAGUUGUCACCCUGCAGUACAAUUUCUGACAUGUGGAGAUGAACUCCUGCGACCAAAUGACAGCUUUAGUGAAAAUGUUGAAUUCGUGCAGAUCUAGGGUGACUUCAUUUUAAUUAAUUAGAUGUAAUUAAUUAAGUCGUGCAAGCAGCAUAAGACUUCAUUUGAUAAAGUUGAAGUCGUGGAAGGAUGAUGCGACUUUCUUUCGGAAACAUUAAAGUUCUGCAUGCAGGUGGGUAACGACUUCGGUGUAAAUGAAGUUGAACUAAUGUCGGCAUAGGGUGUGACAACUUCUAAAGAUAAUAUGGUGAAUAGACAUGCUUUCUAAAACUAUUUUGUUAUUUUAUGUUUUUAAUAGUCUUGGUGGUACUUAGUUAAUGCAAGAAUCCUUUUUUUCUAGAGGAUAAACAAAGAUAUUAAUGUAACUAAAAAGCUGAAGUUUACAAUCAGACUUGUAACAAACCUUGAUCUCAGUUCCCACUUGAAUAAGAAAAGCAUGUCCCCUUGAA